AUGACUCGGCGGGAUCUGACAGCGAUCGCCAUUCUCGGCUCACUCAUUGCGACGUUUCUUACCCAGCGCCCUGUCCAAGAACAUGAGACAUUGGUCGGUGGCCGCAAUAAUACUGUCCUCGUCCUCACUGAUAGCCACCCUGGAUUGUGCAACGCUCACCUUGCCGCAGUCUCGGAGCUGGUCGAGAGCCAUCCGGCACUGGAAAUUCACUAUGCCUCCUUUCCCAGCUUGGCAACAAAGCUUGAGCGUAUCGAAACGAAUGCAAGAGCAAAAAACCCGUAUGCCAAGGUGCAUUGGUAUGAAUUCGAUGCUCCUAGUCUCGCAGAUGAGGCUGAAGUCCAUAAGGGUGGCGCCAGCGGGAUCAGGACUCCUCCUGGGCUGCCUGGGCUGCAUGCAUUUGGAGAUAUCAUCUCAUUCUUUAUGGCUGCAUGGUCCAAAGAAGCUCAUUUAGAGCUGUAUCGGAGGAUUGUAGAUAUCAUUGAAGAGGUAGACCCUUCCGUCAUCGUCCUCGACCCAUGGUUCCGACCAGGCAUUGAUGCCGCGCGAAGUCUGAACCGAAGGCGUGUUUACGUUUCACCGAAUGCACUGCUGGAUGACUUGAGCGUGAGACAGCCCCUUGGAGCACAUUUUUGGAAAUAUCCUGGCAUGGCCACGGGCAUUCCGUUUCCGAUUCCUUGGAAAGAUAUCCCGAAAAAUAUAUACCAGCAAGCUUAUUCCCUGAUGCAAAUCCUUGGAUCGUCUGCCAUUAGGAGCAAGCGUUCCUGGCUUCAGGAAAAAGGCAUCAGACAUGCUAUUACUCUCACCGAGAUAGAUAACCCGAUGGUACCAUGGAUUGCCAUGAGUUUUCCUGAAGCAGAGUUCCCAUUGGACUUUAUUCCAGACAACAUUUAUGUGGCAGGUCCUCUAGUUCUUGAUGCAGCACCAGCUGAGACGCAGAGUGCAGAAUUAGCGGGCUGGGUGAAGAGGGCUCCCACCAUGCUCAUCAACUUGGGUAGUAUAGUGGUAUACGACGAAGCAAUGGCCCGAGCUAUGGUGGAAGCAAUUGUUCCCGUCUUGGAGGCUGAGAAUGUCCAGAUCCUAUGGAAGAUGAAGAAGCGAGGAGAAUUCGGUGAUGAGUUCCUGGAGCCGGCCAAGAAGUAUAUUAUGAACAGAAGGCUGCGACUGGAAUCCUGGCUCGACGUCGAUCCCACUUCCCUGUAUAAUACCGGCGAUAUUGUGGCGUCGGUACAUCAUGGAGGCGCCAACUGCUUCUAUGAAGCGUUGCUAGCUGGUCUCCCAAGCGUCAUCCUCCCGCAAUGGGCAGACCACUACCGAUAUGCACAAACAGCAGAAUACCUCGGUGUUGGUAUUUGGCCAUCCAAGGAGACAUCACCGGGGUGGGUGGCCGCAGCCCUCACAGAGGCAUUCCUCAAGGUGCUGGGCGGCGAGACCAGCGUGGCCAUGCGGGAGAAGGCCAAGGCGCUUUCAGAAAAGGGACUACGAUAUGGAGGGGACAAGGCAGCUGCUGCUCUGAUUGCUAAGCUGGCGGUGGAGGGACGAUGA